AUGCGUCGUGGUGCCGGACCCAACAAGAGCAAAUUUGCUCCGAAAUCAGGCGCAGGCAAGGGCAGAUCAGGCACCUCGCCUGCGAAGGGCAAUGCGAAGAACAACAAAUCGUCGGCAUCUUCGAAGAAGGGGGUAGCGGACAAGGCGGAGAAGAGGAAGCCGCAAUCGCAGCUAGAUGUGUAUGAAGAUAGCAGCGAUGGAGAGGGCAACGCCGCGUUCUACUCGCACAUUGAUGAAGGGGCAAGGCCGGACAUGGAAGGCAUGGAUGCGGCCGCCCGUAGACGCUUCAAGUCCACCAUGAUAAACGCCGAAGAGGAUGAUGAUGAAGAUGGAGAUGUAUUUGAAGAUGACGAGGAAAUCGACGAAGAUGAGGCGUUCGACGAGGAGGAUGAGAAGAGAUACGGCGAAGUGCUCAGCGGAAUCGGCCAGAGGGGCAAGGAGGCGCCCAAAGGGAAGGCCGGCAAGGGUAAGGACAAGAAGAAGGCCAAGAAGCAUCAGGAAAUCACACUUUCUGAGAGCGAUGACUCCGGCAAGGAGUACUCGGACGACGGUGACGACGACGAGGCCGAUGACUUCGAGGGUGACGAGAACGAAGGCGACUUCAAGCGUCUGGACGAAAUGUUUGACGAACUCGAUGAGAAUGAAGACGACGAAGAGGAGGCACGCAAUCCCCCUCUUCAUGCCGAUUUGGAUCCCCGCCUUCCGGGCCACCUGCAUGACUGA